GACAACAGAUUGUCCGCAAAUGACGUGAAUUCAGCCCAAAAUGAAUUACAAUUUCAUUCAUUCAUACCAUCGAAACCACAGCCACAGCAAGCGGUCAGACAAUCGGAUCCCAACAACAGUUCCGUCUAUUCUUCGGCCUCUUUCGAGCGCAACACCGACGACGAGGAGGACGUGCUGUUGGGCGGCGAGAGUCAGCCCAAGGGGUCGUCGGCCGGCUUCUGGCAAAUGGAGUUCUUCGGCCAAUACUUCGAUGUGACCACUGAUCAGGUGUUGUCGCGCAUACUCUGGUCAUCGAUUCCCGUUUACGGCUCCAAAAAAGGCAAUUAUCUCGACCGACACAUUCAUCUGACGCCCGAUCUCUACGGCCCGCUCUGGAUAUCGACCACUUUGGUGUUCGCGACCGCCAUCUGCGGCAAUAUUGCCAAUUAUGUCAAAGCGAUGGCCACUAUUAGUCCCAACAGUACGACCGAUGAUGAAUGGCAUUACGAUUACGCAAAAGUAGGUCUGGCGGCGUCCACGAUAUUCACGUACGUAAUGGCGGUUCCGGUGUGUCUUUGGUUCCUCUUCUGGUUCAGAGGCUGUUCUGCCAAUUACUCCCUUUUGGAGACGAUCUGUGUUUACGGCUAUUCGCUGUCAAUCUAUGUCCCGAUAUCCAUAUUAUGGGUGAUUAACAUACGAUUCAUACAAUUAAUACUGCUCUCAAUCGGAGCCAUACUGUCGGGCAGUGUUCUGGUGCUGGUGUUCGCGCCUGUGGUCCACAGCGAUCCCUCCAAGACUAUCAAAUCAUCAUAUCUUAUACUGAUUAUCAUUAUAUUGAUGCACGCAUUCCUCGCCUUUGCUUUUCUUGAAUACUUUUUCUGAUUUUUAACCAAUUUAUUAAUUGUUAUUUUAUUUCUAUAUAAUUGGGUCAAAAUGACAAACACUUGUAUUGAAUUUGUGAUCAUUUUAUGCUAAAAGACUAAAC